AUGCUCGCGCCAAUUUGUAAAGCACAAGCAGUUGAGUUGCCUGACAAAGUGGUAUCUGUUCGUGCGUGCUCGCACAGUUCAAAGCUGCUGUCAAGGGUACAGCAAUUCUUUUCCGAGGCUACUGGCGAUGGGUCAUUGUCUUUCGAUACAUUUACUCUCGUGCUUCGAGUACUCGAUGAAAGCAACGAUACAACUGCUAGCGGCAAAGCAAGGAAUAGUGAGACUCUGACAGCUUUCUUCACUGCUCAACCGCAACAUGAUCAAUGGAAAAACGCAUUUGUCGAAGGGAUCAAUUAUGCUAAAAGCCAGGCGACUUUAAGGGAUGAGGAAGUUAUGCUGUCAUUUCCAGAGGGGAUGCAAGAAUCUUUCCAAGGGAUAGCAAUAGGCAACGUAUCGAACAGCAAUAGUUGUCAGGUUGAUGAGAAUGCCAAUGACAGUGGAUCUGAUGAGAUAUCUAUGACUUCAAAAGACAGUAAUACAGAUGCAAAGAAGUCGUAUUUUGCCUUUACGACUAGGGUAUCUUGA